AUGGUGAUGGACAUGGUCAAGGUAUUGACUAUGGCGUGCAUUCUCGCCAUAGCUUAUGUUGUUGGCGUCGUGGUGUAUCGACUUUAUUUCUCUCCAUUGGCAAGGUUUCCCGGGCCAAAGCUGGCGGCGGCAACUCUAUGGUACGAGUUCUAUUACGAUGUAAUUCUAAAAGGCCAGUAUACCUUUAAAAUCAAGGAUUUGCACCAGAAAUAUGGGCCUAUAAUCCGUAUCAGUCCGUAUGAGCUGCACAUCAACGACCCAGAAUACUAUAGCACACUGUACUCACACAGCUCUCCGAAAGACAAGUAUUAUUACUACGUGAAGCCGUUCGAUUUUCCUCGAUCGUCCUUUGGGACUGAGAGCGCACAGGUGCAUCGCUUUCGCAGGGGGGCGAUGAAUCCAUUUUUCUCGCGAGGAAAAGUGCUGCAACACGAAGGGCUGGUUCAAGAAUUGGUUCGAAAGUUCUGCGACAGGAUCGAAGGCUUUGGGAAAACAUCGCAAAUCGUGCCGCUGUCUCUCGGUUUCACAUGUUUGACUACGGACUUGAUUACGUCGUUUGUGUUGAAGCGCUCGUAUCGAUUCCUAGAGGCGACGGACUGGAACCCGCACUGGGGACAAACGUUGAGGGACGCUUCGGAGCUUGGGAUGAUGUCGAGACAAGUGACUUGGAUGCUACCAAUCCUGAAGAGUCUUCCCCGGGCAUGGGCCGAAGCGCUGAAUCCCGGGCUUGUCCUGUUCUUCAGCCUCGUUCAGCGGACAUAUCAGCGGAUCGCGGAGGUUGAACAGCAGCGUGACAUGGCGGAGAAAGGGAAUGCUUGCAGUGAACGGGGGUAUACGUUAAUAGAUCAAAUACUGGACUCCAAGUUACCCGAUGACGAGAAAACACCAGAGCGGCUUGCUGAGGAGAUUCGCUCAGCAAUUGGGGCUGGCACCGAAACCACAUCCAAUGCACUCACGGUCACAGUAUAUCAUAUUCUCCGCGACCCGAGCAAGACACAGAGGUUGCGACAGGAGCUCGAGGGUAUCGAGCCUAAUCCGGACAGAGAAAUAAAACUACGCGAGCUGGAGCAGCUCCCAUACUUGGUAGGUACCAAGACCACAAUACAGGCUUGUGAGAUCCGUGUUAACGACGAGCCAGUCAUCAUGUAUCCUCGAAGGCCUGCGGCGGCGAUCGGGAUGACGUCGAUUCUCCAACACCACGAUGAAUCAAUAUUCCCAGAUUCGUAUAGCUACGUUCCAGAGCGUUGGUUGGGCGAGGAAAAGCGGAAGCGGCUGGAAAGGUACCUGGUAUCAUUUAGCAAAGGCUCGCGCAGAUGCAUUGGAAUGAGGUGA